AUGUCUGCCUCCGAAUCUUUAAGAAUGGUUUUAAUUGGUCCACCAGGUGCUGGUAAAGGUACUCAAGCCCCAAACUUAGUUGAAAAGUUCGGUGCUGCCCAUUUGGCUACUGGGGAUAUGUUAAGAUCUCAAAUCGCCAAAGGUACCCAAUUAGGUUUAGAAGCCAAGAAAAUCAUGGAGGCCGGUGGUCUUGUGUCUGAUGACAUCAUGGUCAACAUGAUCAAAGAUGAAUUAACUAACAAUCCAGCUUGCAAGAAAGGUUUCAUCUUAGAUGGUUUCCCAAGAACUAUCCCACAAGCUGAAAAAUUAGACCAAAUGUUAGCUGAAAGAGGUACUCCAUUACAAGCUGCUAUCGAAUUGAAAGUUGACGAUGACUUAUUAGUUGCUAGAAUCACUGGUAGAUUAAUCCAUUUAGCUUCUGGUAGAUCCUACCACAAAAUCUUCAAUCCACCAAAGGUCGAAAUGACCGAUGAUGUUACUGGUGAACCAUUAGUCCAAAGAGGUGAUGAUAACGAAGAAUCUUUAAAGAAGAGAUUAGAUGCUUACCAUACUCAAACCGAACCAAUUGUAGAAUUCUAUAAGAAAACUGGCAUUUGGUCCGGUAUUGAUGCCUCUCAACCUCCAGCCAAUGUUUGGGAAUCUAUUUUAAGUGCUUUAGAUAGAGACUGA